UCCUCCACCGUCUGCUGCUAAACGCUUUCUUCUUCAGAUUCAGAAUCGCCAUGUACUUAUCGGAGAAGCCCCACCCAAUAGACGUCUACAAAGAGGAAGGUCCAGCUGCCGCCCAUAACAUGAUAAUCGAGGUCACCACCAAUGGCGAUUUGCCACCUCACAAGCACCACCAUCCCCAUCCCCACCACCAACAACAGCAGCUGCAACAGUCAAUGAUCUUAGGUGAAAGCAGCGGCGAAGAUCCUGAAGUUAAAGCCCCCAAAAAACGAGCCGAGACAUGGGUCCAAGACGAAACCCGCAGUCUCAUUGGCUUUCGAAGAGAAAUGGACGGCCUCUUCAAUACUUCCAAAUCCAAUAAGCAUUUGUGGGAGCAGAUUUCAGCUAAGAUGAGGGAGAAAGGGUUCGAUAGAUCCCCCACCAUGUGUACCGACAAGUGGAGGAACUUAUUGAAAGAGUUCCAGAAAGCUAAGCAUCAGGAUAGAGGGAGUGGGUCGGCCAAGAUGUCUUAUUAUAAGGAAAUUGAAGAGAUUUUAAGGGAGAGGACCAAGAAUGCCUAUAAGAGUCCAACCCCUACUCCUAAAGCUGAUUCAUUUAUGCAUUUCGUUGAUAAGGGCUUUGAUGAUACUGGCAUAUCAUUUGGUUCUGUUGAAGCUAGUGGUAGGCCAACACUCAAUCUUGAAAGACGCUUAGAUCAUGAUGGACAUCCUCUUGCUAUCACAGCAGCUGAUGCAGUUGCAGCCAGUGGAGUUCCACCUUGGAAUUGGAGAGAGGCCUCAGGAAAUGGUGGGGACUGUCAAUUAUAUGGAGGAAGGGUUAUAACUAUCAAGUAUGGGGACUACACAAGAAGGAUUGGUAUAGAUGGGACCGCGGAUGCCAUCAGAGAGGCAAUUAAAUCUGCAUUUAGAUUGAGAACGAAACGUUCAUUUUGGUUGGAGGAUGAAGACAAUAUAGUUCGCAGUCUCGACAGGGAAAUGCCUUUAGGGAAUUAUACACUCCACCUUGAUGAAGGUUUGGUUAUAAAACUGUGCCUCUAUGACGAGUCAGAUCACAUACCAGUCCACACUGAGGAGAUGAUUUUCUACACAGAAGAUGAUUACCGUGAAUAUUUAGCCCGUAGAGGCUACACAGGUGUCAGGGAGAUCGAUGGAUACAGAAACACAGAUAAUAUGGAUGACCUUCGACCUAAUGCUAUAUAUCGGGGGGUGAGCUGAUUACCUUUGCGUUGUGCAUGCACAAAUGCAAUCCUCUGGAGAGGCUAUACAAAGUCGCCUCAUCUUGACAAUACGUAUGCAUGUCGGAUAUUCUAAUAUUCGCUCUGCUGCAUUAUAAAGAUUGUGAUCAUGUUGUUUGCAUUGUACUAAUCCGCACCUUGUAACACGGCUGUAAAUAGCUUGUUGUCUAAUGUUUCUUCA